ACUAUUUCUCUGUCAUUUCAAUAUGUAAGCUGUGGGUGGUUGAUCUCCAAUAGUGACACUUUUGUUUUCAUGCUAAUUCCUUCUUUUAUUCACUGCGAUGGCUUUGUUUACGCACGGUUUUAUAUAGGAAGGAUGAUGACACGAACGUUUAUCUGUCUCUGAGGAGCACACCAACAGCGCUUUUGCCGAACCUCUUUCGAGAUUUCAGGUCUCUUGCCAUGAGUUGUCUGGAUGUUAUGUAUCACCAGAGUUAUGGAGCUCAUCAUUACUUGCCAGCGACAGCGGCAGCGGCAGCCUACAGGGCGGCGUACCAGCAACAGCAACAGAAGAAGCUCAAUACUUACAGUAAGAUGCAGGAAUCUAUGAAUAUUCCCACACAUUGUUCCCAAGGGAGGCAAGCACAGAAGCAGGCAGUCCAGAGGGAGGAGGUGCCAGUUGCAGACCAAACAGGGUUGCAGGGAAAAGAGGUCCAGCCUGCUGAGGCUGAGUACCUUAGCUCCAGGUGUGUGGUCUUCACCUACUUCCAGGGAAAUAUCGGGGAUGUGGUGGAUGAACACUUCUCCCGUGCUCUGAGUCAGCCUAGCGCAUUCACCGGAGAUGCAAAACCUACAAGGCUUUCAACAGCACCAUUAUGGAAAGAAGGAGGCUCUCUCUCAGAUGGUCACAGUGCAAGCAGUUUACCUCCCACCCUGUGGAGCAGUAGCUACCCCUCUCCACCGGCAUCCUGCAUCUCCACAGUACACCCGGACUUCCCUACCGGAGCUGCCUUUCACCCGGCAGACACGGCAAGCCUCUGGAGUGGGCAUGGCCUCCCACAGCUCAGCCUGACCCCUGCAGCUGGCCUCUCUGACUCCUGGCACUAUGGUCUUAGCCCUCAGGGUGGUGCUAGUUACCCCUCACACAUGCACGAUCUGUACAGCCAUCAUGUGCACCCACGUCAUGCCCACCCUCACAACCACAGCCACCCGCCCAUACUGCCCCACGCCCACGGCCGCAGCCUGGAGCCCUGCUUCAGCCCUCUGCUCCUCCAUCCCACUCGGCCAUCUUGCAGCCCUGUCUCACAUGCUGAUGUGGUCAAGACAGACCUGGAAACCGGACCCACUCAACCCUCGAGCUGGCCAACCUCCUUUCACAGCUCAGUGGAUAUUUUUGAAACAACUCUAGAACAGGACAAAGUCAAAGCAGCAGUUUGGUUCUGAAUGGGUGAAUGGAUACCUAGCGGCCUGGGUCUGAGGCACUCCUGAAUUUGAAUUCCCAGGUUUCUGUUUGAACAGAUGCUCUCCUGAAAACGACCUCCACAAUUACAAGGAAUAAUUAAGAAGGGAAAAUCCUGACUUCUCUUCAUUAAUAAGGCUCACAAAGCAAUGUCCUCCAGACAAGAGAACUGAUUUUAUUGCAAAAGCAUACCCUUACCGAGAUGAAUCUCUGGGUUAAUGUAUGUGCAUGCAUGAGAUUCUAGGAAGACAGCUUUUUCACUUGGCCUUUUAAGAGCUAUCUCAAAUGAAGGAUGUUACUAAAAGUAGGACCUGAAAGGUAUAUUUUACUUUAUACAGAGUGUUCAUAUUGUCUUGACUAAUGGGAUGCCAUUGCAAUUUUGUAUAAGUAUGAACUAGUUCUGUUGAAAGAACUGUCUCUUGUUGGGAAACAUAAAUAGCAUGUUUAUAUGCAUAUACAGUGAGGCUCAUAAGUAUUUGAACCCAUGCUGCUUCUUCCUUAAAAUACAGGGGGCAUAAGUAUUCGAUACCAUACCUAGAGAUUGGUGAUUGGCUGAAAGACACACCAGGCCAAUCUCUAGGUAUGGUGAAGGUGAUGAUCUGCCUGCCUCUAUGGGAAUUUACCAUAGGGUAGCGAAUACUUAUGUCCCCUGUAGUUUAAGGAAGAACAUUUAUUUAUUUAUGAUACAUUAUUCAUUCACAAAGAAAAUUGGUGUCCUCAUUUUUUUACUUAAGGCAUCAAGAUCAAUUUCCAAAAGAUUAUUUUAUAUUCCUCUUUUUAGUCAACUUUAGCAUGGGUUCAAAUACUCAUGAGCCUCACUGUAUGUGUUAAUAUUGUAUAUGUGUGUAUAUACAUACAUGUGUAAAUAUCUACUGUAAUAUAUCUUGUUUUACUGGUCUUCUUAGCAGGAGUCUUAAUUAUGUUCUGUGUUA